UGCAGUACACAAACUUACAUGUAAAACUAUUCCUGUUUGGGUCAGAAUAAACUGCCACUCCCACCGUUUUUUCUACAUUUCACAAACACUCGACAGGUUCUCACUUAAAUAAUCAUUUGCUCUUUGUUUGUUGUCGAGUUGUUUAAUCCCCAAAAUCACAGAGAGUUCUCUAUAAGAGAAGACAAACAAACCUUUUACUCUUCCUCUCCACCUCUCUCUUGUUUCUCCUCGUCAAAAUACUGAAGGCACUGAACCAUGAUCAGCGGAAAGGACAUUUACGAGGUCCUUGCAAGUAUUGUGCCGCUUUACGUGGCCAUGAUCUUGGCCUACGGCUCGGUCCGGUGGUGGAAGAUCUUCACCCCGGACCAGUGCUCCGGCAUCAACCGCUUCGUGGCUGUUUUUGCAGUUCCUUUGCUUUCAUUUCACUUCAUUUCUUCCAACGAUCCCUACGCCAUGGACUACCAGUUCAUCGCGGCGGACUCGUUGCAGAAAGUGGUGAUUCUUGUGGCUCUAUUCCUGUGGCAGACCUUCUCCAAGCGCGGCAACCUCGAGUGGAUGAUCACGCUCUUCUCCCUCUCCACUCUCCCCAACACUCUCGUCAUGGGGAUUCCUCUCUUGAAAGCCAUGUACGGCGACUUUUCAGGCGCUCUCAUGGUUCAAAUCGUGGUGCUGCAGAGCGUCAUCUGGUACACUCUCAUGCUCUUCAUGUUCGAGUACAGAGGAGCCAAACUCUUGAUCUCAGAGCAGUUCCCGGAAACCGCCGGGUCCAUUACCUCGUUUCGAGUGGACUCCGACGUCGUUUCGCUUAACGGACGCGAGCCUUUGCAGACCGAUGCCGAGAUCGGAGAGGAUGGAAAGUUACACGUGGUGGUGAGAAGAUCGGCGGCGGCGUCGAUGGUGUCGUCGUUCAAGUCGCACGGGUUGAACUCUUUGAAUUCCGGCAUGACUCCUCGGGCUUCGAACCUGACCGGCGUUGAGAUUUACUCGGUUCAGUCGUCUCGUGAGCCGACACCGAGGGCGUCCAGCUUCAACCAGACUGACUUCUACGCCAUGUUCAAUGCCAGCAAGGCGCCAAGCCCUAAACACGGCUACACCAACAGCUUCCAGGGCGGGUUUGGCGAUGUUUACUCGGUCCAGUCGUCGAAAGGCGUGACCCCGAGGACUUCGAAUUUUGAUGAGGAGAUGAUGAAGAUAAGCAACAAGAAGAGAGGGGCCAGGAGCAUGAGCGGUGAGCUGUUCAAUGCCGGGACCGUGUCCUCGUAUCCGCCUCCGAAUCCCAUGUUUUCGGGGUCUACUAGUGGCGGACCGAAAAAGAAGGAAAGCGGCGGCGCCGGUGGUGGUAGUGGUGGUGCAGUGCCUAAUAAGGAACUUCAUAUGUUUGUUUGGAGUUCGAGUGCUUCGCCGGCUUCCGAGGGGAAUCUGAAACAUGCAGUUAACCGAGCUGCCUCUACUGAUUUUGGAGGCAUUGAUCCUUCCAAGGCUGCUCAACAUGAACAUCCAAUUGCUGGUUCAAAAGGGAUGCAUGAAUUGAUUCAGAAUAUGAGUCCUGGUAGGAAAAUGAGUGGAGAUGAGGAGCUUGAAAUAGAAGAAGGAACAAAGUUUCCGGCAAGUGCAUCUCCAUACAGUAGCUGUCAGAAGAAGAUGGACAUGGAAGACGGAGGUGUGGCAAAGAAGCAACAAAUGCCUCCUGCAAGUGUCAUGACUAGGCUUAUACUCAUCAUGGUGUGGAGGAAGCUCAUUAGAAAUCCCAACACCUACUCCAGUCUCCUUGGUGUCGCAUGGUCUCUCGUAUCAUACAAGUGGCACAUCAAAAUGCCCACAAUUAUAAGUGGAUCCAUAUCAAUAUUAUCUGACGCUGGCUUGGGGAUGGCUAUGUUCAGUCUAGGUUUAUUCAUGGCUUUACAACCAAAGAUCAUAGCUUGUGGAAAAUCAGUAGCAACAUUUGCAAUGGCUGUUAGGUUCUUGACAGGCCCAGCAGUUAUUGCUGCAUGCUCCAUAGCUGUUGGUCUUCGUGGAGUUCUUUUGCAUGUUGCAAUAGUUCAGGCUGCUCUUCCUCAAGGGAUUGUUCCUUUUGUGUUUGCCAAAGAAUACAAUGUGCACGCAGACAUACUUAGCACUGCGGUCAUUUUUGGAAUGCUGAUUGCCUUGCCUAUAACAAUACUCUACUAUAUUCUUCUCGGGCUCUAGUUUCCGGCAAAAUUGAAGGCAGAAGAAAGCAAUAUAAUAGCUGUAUAUCCAAGUCAGGCUGAGGUGGAUGAGUGAAUGAUGAAAUCUCUUGAACAGAAAAUCAUAUGCAUGCAUGCAUGCCAUUGGAUUCAGUGUUGAGCAAAGAAAAGAAAGAAAGAAAAAAAUCAUAUCAUAUGAUUCUCUGCAUCAAGUGACAAUUGGGGGUCUUGAUAUGCCAUUUACUUCACUGGCUUUGCUCCAUGUUACUGUUACUACGUAUGAUAUUAUUAAGUUUUGUGUACUGGCUUAGAUAGAAAUUAAGUAAUAACUAGAGCUAGACCUUAGAAGCCAGGGAAGGUUAAAAAUUUCCUUUUUUGUUCUUGGGGUGCAAAUUUUAUGUGUUUUAAAUAUUUGGUACACCAAUAUCAAUGUAGCCCUUUGCUUAAGUUUGACCCUAAAUCCAGGUAAUAUACUUUG